AUGCCCUCCACUUUUGACAGAACACGCACAGGAGCUGGCGCCGGUCACCUGCAAGCUGAAGAGAUUACAGCGGAAGAGAACCCCGCUGGUGGUCCUCCUCCUCCUCCGGCUCCUCCCAGUCCACCGACUCUUGACUCCUCGAACUGGUGCUUAGAGGCGCCACCAUUCCAAGAAGGGUCACCGCAGCUUAAAUUCGCCCGCGACAGGUCUCCGACGCGCCUCGCGAACGCAAGGGGGCGCCGCUGUCUGUCGCCGGGACUCGGCUUCCGGGCGCUCGCGCGCCGAGCUCAUCAUAGAGAUGCCAACGGAGACUUCCGCUUCCGUCCGCCCAGGGGCGUCGCCGGGGUCGGUGAGGGCGCGCUCUUCCUUCUCCCGGAGCCCGCCUCCCUCCGGUUGCGCAGACUCUCCCCUUUAGCGGAAAACGUAUUCCUCUCGCUCACCCGGCGCAAACGCAGUGCUGGACCCGCAGCCGUAGGACAAAGAGUGACGUCCAGAUCCGGAGUCAUGGAGGCGACCCAUCAGGGCUUGGAGGCCACUGGGAGCUCCGCGCCGCCGCGGGAGAAAGAGGAAGGAGCCGGCCCGAGCUCAGGCCCGGAGCGUAACUCUGCGGGUUCCUCGUCGAUUCCUGAGGUUCCACCGCCCGAACCCUCCAACGCCAACGCUGUUCCCGAAGGGAUCCCUCCGCCCGUGGCUGCCUCCUUCCGCCAGUUCCGCUACCGAGACGCAGCGGGCCCGCGAGAGGCGUUUCGGCAGCUGCGGGAGCUCUCACGCCAGUGGCUGCGACCCGACAUCCGCACGAAGGAGCAGAUCGUGGAGAUGCUGGUGCAAGAGCAGCUGCUCGCCAUCAUGCCCGAGGCGGCGCGGGCCAGGCGGCUUCACCGCCGCACCGAUGUUCGCAUCACCGGCUGAGCGGCGGGCGGCCUGGUCCCGGCGCUCUCUGGACUGGAGCCUCGCUCCCCACUCCACCUUAAUGAAAACGAGCUUUGGCAGCUCUUGUAGUCUGAUGUAGCCCUUUUCGUUCUUUACUGGGUUUAUUUUCCCGAGCGUAUUUCCAACCUUCUUUCUGGUUAGUGGGAGCCCAUGAGAAUAAAGCCUUUGUUUCCUA